AUGGCGUGGUGCGACCAGCCCAGCGAUUUUGCAGACACGUGCAGACGUCAACGGGCAAGUGCUUUAGUGCAUGGUGGAUCCAUGGUUCGGAACGAGACCAGGGAGGCGUGCUGCGUGGGUGCACUGAGAGAGGCGUUAGCGACGACUGACGUAGCGGCACAGGCCAGAGGUAUCACCAGGCGCGACAAAGUGGCCUCAUUGUGUACGGGCAAGUGUAAGAGCCAUCGAGUAGCAGGUGCCCUGACCCGGGAUGCUGCCCUGACGGUGCAUGGUGGACAGCAGGCUGGAAGAAGAAGAAAACAAAAAGACCAGCAGAGCAGCAGACCAAACCCACCCGGCAGGCCCGGCACAGCGGCCAUGUACACAUACAGGCGCGGGCUGCUGUGCGAGGCGUUCGGCGGCGUGGCGCGCACUCUUUUUUGUGGGUAUGGAGUGCACCAAUGCAAAGGCCGGCUGCAUCUCGAUUGCAUGACUGCAUGCCACGGCGAUAAUUUGGCCCGUGGCCGCGGGGGCGUCCAUUCGCGCGGAUGCUGGUCGCGAUGCUGGUCCCUGGUCACAACGGCUGCGGAUCGAGCAGAAGCAAGUCGAGGUGUAGUGGUAGUGGUAGGGGGGUUCAGCAGAUUCCAUGCGGACAAGCGUGGCCAGGAUAGCCAUUGCUCGCCGAUGAUUUGGGAGCGUGCUCAGGUGCGGUGCUGGGGUGCGGUGCUGGGGCGCUGGGGCGCUGGGGUGCCGUCCUCAGUGUUGCAGCUUGAACACCCACCCAUCGCCUUCUCCACCCGCAUCCUUGCCGUGGCAAACAGACACGACUCGCUGCCGCCGCGCUUCAUCUCCGAUCGUAUCUGCUUUAGCCCGCUGCACCUGGUCUUAGUUCUUGUUUCCGCUCACCCCAUGCCUGUGCCUGCAACCAUCGACAGGACGCGGCAUUGCGACCAGUAG